CAACUGCUCUGCCUCUUCUCUCCAUCUCUCCAUCCCUCCUUCUGCUCUUUUUCUUCUCUCUGCUUUUUCCAAGGUUAACAGACCCCAGGCACCGCGCGCACGUCUCAUCUGAAGUUUUGGGAGAGCGGGGGGAGGACGUUCUUAUAGGAGGGGCUGUGCGUCUCCAGCAAAAGCGCUCGCUUUUCUUAAUGGGAACGCGUAAUUAUAAGAAAUGGCUGCAUUUGGAGGACACCUGUGAGCGAGUGCCGUCGACGUCGCUUCGUGAGAGGAGAGCCCUGAGCUGGACCUGUUUGGCACUUUGUUGUUUUUAUUUUUUAUUUGGGGCGUGAAUGCUUUGAGCUGAGAGCUUGUCGGCGCGCUGCUGGAGUGAAGGUGACUUGCUUUGCACCCCGCUGCAGUCAAAGGCAAUGCGGAGAGGACUCGCGCGUCAAGGAGGAGCGUAAACCGAGAGAAGAUCGCGAGCCACACCGGAGUUUGGGGCAGAUUUUCAGACUGAGGUGAUCGGGAAAGAGAACCGCUGUGGGGUGGAAGAAGUGGAGGGGUGUGGGACAUCACGGACCAUCUCCAAACAUCCUCUCCAGCUUAGAGGAGAAGCGCCGUUCUGUACUGGGGCUGUUUUCUUAGUGGAUGUGUAUGCAUGAGUUCUGCAUCGAACGGGCGCAAAAACCGCCCCAGAUCGAGCGUCUUCCAGAUCGGCAAGCCUCCUUACCGAGACCCGCAGCGGAGGGAGAGCACGGAGAGCAGCCGCAAAGCCCAGCGCGCCGUGGCCGACUGCAGAAUGAUCGUGCAGGAGUUUAACACUCUGGUGGCCCUGUACCGGGAGCUGGUCAUCUCCAUCGGGGAGAUCACUGUGGACUGUCCCUCUCUGCGCGCUGAGAUGCUCAAGACCAGGACCAAAGGCUGCGAGAUGGCUCGGGCCGCCCACCACAGCCUCUCGCUCAUCUCAGGGCCGGAGGACGGAGAGAUCCACCCAGAGAUCUGUCGGCUCUUCAUUCAGCUGCAGUGCUGUCUGGAAAUGUACAUCACCGAGAUGCUCAAGUCUGUGUGUCUGCUGGGCUCCCUGCAACUGCACCGCAAAGGUAAAGAACCGUGUGGACCCAUAUCGCUGGACACUCGUCUGGAUGAGAGCUCGGACAUCCCCAUCCUGGAGGACACCUCGUCCUCCCCUACAGACUGUCCUCAGCUCUGCUGGCUGCUCGCCACCGACAUCGACAACAUCGAAAAGGAUAUGAGGGAGAUGAAGAACCUUCUCAGUAAACUCAGGGAGACUAUGCCUUUACCACUGAAGAACCAAGAUGACAGCAGCCUGCUGAACCUGACUCCCUACCCACUGGUCCGACAGAGGAAGAGGCGUUUCUUCGGCCUCUGUUGCCUAGUAACCAGCUAAGGGCCACAAAGACACCAUUACCCACAAUCCUUCACCACGUGUGUCUCCCACCGAUCUAUUACUGCCAUUUUCCAAUCUCUCUCUAUCUCUCUGUCCCUCUCUUUAUCUCUCUCUCUAUCCCCCCUUCUCUUUGUCUCUGUCUCUCUGUCUCUAUCCCUCCCUCUCUCUCUCUCUGUCUCUAUCCCUCUCUCUCUCUCUCUCUCUCUGUCUCUCUCUUUUUUUUAAAUGCUGCCCAUUUUAUAAUUUUAUUUUGUAAUACAAAGAAUUGUAAUUGCAAUGUAAUGAAAAGUCAUGAACCUAUAUUUUAAGAUACUUUGCAACUCUUUUUGGGUAAAAGUCCCAAAGUCCUGGCGUGUCCAGUGUAGGAGGUGGGUGUCCGCUGACCUCCUUAAAGUCUUGAACGAAUGAUACAAAGAUUUAUGUUUAAAAAAGGGAAUAUUCUUGUUUCUGUCUGUGGAGCUCGGCGUCUGGACCAGAGCGGACUAAGUCUGUCGUGUGAUGCGGUCUUUCUGUUUGUUGCUGUUUUUCUCUUAAAUGUACUUAAUUUAGUCUUCCAUGAACCAAGAACCUAUACCCAACAUUAACUCUUCAGCUUCAACAAUGGAAUAUACGACACAAAACAUGAAAGACUUUGCACACGAUCUCUAUGUAUAAACCCAGACAUUAGAUUUGUGUAUAUAAACAUAACCUUACGCAAUGCUCGUAUUAUUCUGGAGUGAGAAGAG